GAAUUAUUUUCAUAUUGAGAGUUUCCGAUGUAGAAAAACAACCAUGCCUGCGAAGUCGAAAACAAACCGAGCAGAAUUUCACGAAUGUGUUCGUUGUCACUGUGUCAUUCAUAAUAAAGAUCUCAAUAUUCAUGUUAGUGAAUGCUCUGAAGCAGAAGGCCAUAGCAACUUCUCUCACGCUUUCAUUAAAAACGGAGUGUUUCAUGGUGUCGCGUCACUUGGUUCAGUGGACCUGCGAGUGUCAAACGCGAUGAAGAAUGACAUAGUCUUUGUCCACCCAUCAGUAAUGAAUUUGUGUGGGCUGUCCAUUGGUCAAGAGUGCAUCAUUCAGGAAAAAUAUAUUAGGAUAACAUGGCCUCUCACUGGCGCCCCGUCCUCAAAUGUAUCAGUGACGGCAGACUUGCUGAGUCUUCUCCGCCUUAGUGCAGGGGACAAGAUAACUGUCCAGUCCCUGGUGCAGAGUCCACUUAGGGCCGCAGAGACCAGACUAAAGCCAAAAGAAUGGAAGUCGUUUUAUGAUGAUGAGGAAUUCAUCCAGUAUCUGAAAAAUUCUCUUAAUCACAAAUGUCUAAGGUUGGAGAAUGAGAUGUGUGUGACCUACUUUGGACAGAAGUGUCAGAUGAAGGUCAUCCAGAUAACAGCAGACGCUGCUCACGGCCAUGAUGUAAAUGUCCACAAUGUCAGUAGUCUAACACAAGACGUGGAGCAACUUCAUUUGUCUGAUUUCAAUGAGUCAUCUAACCUCAAUGAAAGCGAUUACCACUGUAGUCCAUACCAGAUCAGCUCCACUCCUAACAGAGAGAGGCUAAAAUCCCCCACUAAAACACCAGGAAAGGACAAUAACUCCUCCACAUCAACCUCUCCACAGAAGGGAGACAAUUCAUUAAACAAUUCUCAGUUCAAAACUCCUGCUAAACAACAGCCAUGUCAGGAUAUAGGGGACUUUUACAGAGUCUGCUCAACAACGAAGUGCAGUUUAGUGAGGGAGGAUUCAGGAGGGACAGAGAUGCCCCAGGCAUCAGCCUUGAUGUUGUGCGACAUUGGAGGAAUGAAAUCACAGAUUGCUGCAAUCAAAGAGACAGUGAUGCUUCCUCUAAAAUCGCCUCACCUGUUCAGCUCUUCUGCUCUUCCAUGUCCUCGUGGUGUACUUUUGUUUGGUCCCAGCGGAACGGGGAAAUCUAUGCUCCUGCAAGCCGUGUGUAAUGAGAUGAACGUAUUUACACAAAACGUGUCGGCCUCAAACAUCAUUAGCAAGUUUUACGGGGAGUCUGAAGCUAAUUUAAGGAAAGUUUUCAAGGAAGCAGAGGAGAGAGCUCCUAGCAUUAUUGUUAUGGAUGAUAUUGAUUCCAUGUUUCCAAAUCGAGAAAAAACUCAAAAUGAAGCUCUCCGUCGCUUAGUAUCCACUCUGCUGACGUUAAUGGAUGGAAUAUCUUCAAAAUCCUGUCCUGAUCGUUUUGUCAUGGUUCUGGCUGCUACAGUGCGACCUGAGUCUCUGGACCCUGCUCUGCGUCGCCCUGGGCGAUUGGACAGGGAAAUUGAGGUGGGAGUGCCCACAGCUAAAGAGAGGCUGGAGGUAGGACAUUGACUUGCUGUGAGUAUUCCCCACAGUUUGAGUGAGGAUGACAAGAAGCGGAUUGCUGACACAACACAUGGAUAUGUAGGAGCUGAUCUCCUUUAUCUCUGUCAGCAAGCAAAUAUAAAUUCUGUAAAGAGGGGGCUGCAGGAGUCAGACAUGGACACCAGACUGAAUAUCAAUGAUGUCAUCACCGCCAUGACAACCAUCCAACCUAGUGCUAUGAGAGAAAUUCAGCUAGAAAUUCCAAAAGUUCACUGGUCAGACAUUGGGGGUCAAGAAGAGGUCAAACUGAAGCUAAAACAAGCAGUAGAGUGGCCAUUGAGAUACCCUGAGGCAUUCCAGAGAAUGGGGAUUAGCCCACCCAGAGGAAUUCUGAUGUAUGGGCCACCGGGCUGCUCAAAGACCAUGAUUGCCAAAGCCCUGGCUACAGAAAGUGGACUCAAUUUUCUGGCAGUAAAGGGUCCAGAACUUUUCAGUAAGUGGGUCGGUGAAUCAGAGAGAGCUGUGAGGGAAGUGUUUCGAAAAGCCAGAGCAGCAGCGCCAUCUAUAGUCUUCUUUGAUGAAAUUGAUGCCUUAGCUAUAGAAAGGGGCAGCUCCUCCGGUGGUAGUAAUGUGGGAGACAGAGUGUUGGCCCAGCUUCUGACAGAUAUAGACGGCGUCCAGGGUCUGAAAAAUGUCACCAUAGUGGCAGCAACCAACCGCCCUGAUAUGAUUGAUAAGGCUUUGAUGCGGCCGGGCCGGUUGGACCGAAUUCUGUAUGUACCAUUACCAGACACAUCCACCAGAAAACAGAUCUUCACAAUUCGCUUGAAACAAAUGCCAGCUGGAGAGAGUGUGGACGUAGACAAACUUGUGACAGCGACUGAGAGAUACUCUGGAGCAGAGGUGUCAGCUGUGUGCCAUGAGGCAGCCAUGUUUGCUCUUCAAGAGGACAUCCAUAGUGAGACUGUGGAACAGAGACACUUUGACAAAGCCCUGACAAUAGUCACACCCCGAAUCAGUGACAAGCUAAUUCAGUUCUACCAGAAUUACCACCAGACUAGUGGCCUGCAGACCGUGUGAAGCCAGGGAAACUAUCAGAACUACCGCCAGACUAGUGGCUUGCAGACCAUGUAAAGCCAGAAAAACUACCAGAACUACCACUAGACUAUUGGCCUGCAGACCGUGUGAAGCCAGGAAAAUUAUCAGAACUACCACCAGACUAGUGGCCUGCAGGUCAUGUGAAGCCAGGAAAACUAACCCUGAUUCCAGACUCAAUGAAACGACUCUGGUCUCAGACUCAGUGACUCUGGUCUCGCACUAAAUGACCCUGGUUCCCGACUAAAUGACUCUGGUCUCACGCUAAAUGACCCUUGACCCCUGGAUGGACUGCCACUGCAGCCAGACCAUCAGAUGCCAGGGUUUUCACCUCUGAACCUUGGAUAUAUAAUGAGGGACAGCCAGUAUUUGGGUUGAUUUGAAGAAUUCCAUGAUUGUUACAAUGUAACUUUAUAAUAUGGUGGAAUGGAAAGAUAUUGAUUGUUGUCAAUGGAGAAACAAAUUGAAUGAAAGCCUUAAUUAUAUUGCAUCACAUGAAGGACUGAUUUAUUGAGAGUUCACGGAGUGUUGUACCCUUAUCUGUCUCAUGGGUCAGUAAGAACUCGGGCCAGUAAGGAAACUGACCUUUCUCUGGAUAUAAAUGAAGCAUCUUCAUCAGCUUGUAGAACCCUGAGUGCUGGCCUAGCAGAAUCAUGUUUGCAUCCAUUCUUUAAACUUUGAAGUGAAUGAUACAUGUAAUUACAAACCUCUAGUAUCUUUUCAAUCAGCAAUAGAAGAAAUAAAAAGGGAUUAUAACAUGUGUGUUGUCAAAUCCAUACAAAAUAUUUUUUGAUGUGUAUAUAUAAAUUUCAAAACGAGUGUUCAGAUCGUUUUAACAAGAUAAUAAAGAACUUCGACAGAAUCA